AAAAAAAGAGUGUCCUAGUAAGCUGAUUUAGCAUAGUCUCCUCCUACACGCGCUUGUUAAGUUCCUCCCGUUGUCAUCAUUCAAUUAGGGGACAAGCUCCCCUUUCGGAAGAGGUGGAGGAGGAGCUGCUCUUCUCUCUUGCCGCCAGAUCAUCCAGAUCGUCGUUUGUGGCCGGACUGCAAGUCGAGAUUUUACAGAAGUGAGGAUGCCCUGGACCAGACCCCAGGUGGAACUCCAGUCAGCCGAGACGUCCGACCCUCCGGGCGGCGUCGGCGACGUGGGCGACCACCACUAUGAGGGCUCCCUGUUCCCCACCUCCACACUGAUCCCCGUGACGGUGAUCUGCGUGGCCAUUUUGGUGGUGGGCGUGGCCGGCAACACCAUGACCAUCCUCAUCAUCCAGCACUUCAAGGACAUGAAGACCACCACCAACCUGUACCUGUCCAGCAUGGCCGUGUCGGACUUGCUCAUCUUUCUGUGCCUGCCCUUCGACCUCUACCGCCUGUGGAAGUACGUCCCGUGGCUGUUCGGCGAGGCCGUGUGCUUGCUCUACCACUACGUUUUCGAGGGCUGCACGUCGGCCACCAUUUUGCACAUCGCAGCCCUGAGCGUGGAGCGCUACUUGGCCAUCAGCUUCCCGCUUCGCACGAAGGUCCUGGUGACCAAACGCCGCGUCCACUACAUCAUUGCCGCCCUGUGGGGUUUCGCCCUGGCCUCUUCCACGCCCACGCUCUUCCUGGUGGGCGUGGAGUACGACAACGGCACGGGGGAGCGCGGCGGCCAGUGCAAGCACACGGACGACGCCAUCCACUCGGGCCGGCUCCACAUCAUGCUGUGGGUGUCCACCGGAUACUUCCUGUGCCCCAUGUUCUGCCUGGUCUUUCUCUACGGCUCCAUCGGGCUCAAGCUGUGGAGGAGCCGGGCCGACCUGAGGGGACCCGGCGCGCUGGCCAGGGAACGCUCGCACAGGCAGACCGUCAAGAUUCUUGUGGUGGUGGUGUUGGCCUUCAUCAUCUGCUGGCUUCCCUACCACAUCGGCCGUAACCUGUUCGCCCAGGUGGACGACUAUGACACGGCCAUGCUGAGCCAGAACUUCAACAUGGCCUCCAUGGUGCUUUGCUACCUGAGCGCCUCCAUCAACCCGGUGGUCUACAACCUGAUGUCGCGCAAGUACCGCUCCGCCGCCAAGCGCCUCUUCCUCCUACACUGGCAGCCCGGGCCUUCUCCGGAUCGCCAGCGCGGUCACCAGACCGCCGAGCCCGUUGAGAGCCUGACCGGAUCCGCCGCGCAACGUCUCCGCCUUGCCGCCAUUGAGCGUUGAAUGAGACGUCGGCGGAAGG